CAAACGAGAGUAACAAACGAGCAAAAAAUUAUUGCAAGCACGCGUCCACUCUCAUUUGCAACUCCAAUACUACUGAUGCGUCUGCCGACGAGUGGUGGAUAGGAUAGGGCGCCAGACGUCCGCCUGAAUCACUUUGUUGCGUGCCGCAAAAACUGGCAUCUAUCGGAUUGAUGGCAGACGCAUCUGCGGACGUCAAAUACCUACUACAGACGCGCAAACCUACCCGUCUACACCACGUUGACGGAGGUAUCCGCAGAUGGCAUCUGCGGAUACGUCCGCCGACGUGUAGAGGGGGCAUUAGAAAGGGAAAGAUUUAUUUCUUUCACUCAGUCCGUUUUUAAGAAUAAUGUAUUUAGUCCUGUUUGUUUGGACGAAGAAUCUCGCAUAUUAGGUGUAGAGCAUGGACGAAACAUUGCAUGACCAACAAGGGUUUUGGUAAAUUAUUAUAACAGGACAUCAGGACAUUGACAGAAUCAAGUCCUGUCAUCAAUAUUCUCAGUGAUUCCAACCAACAUCAAUGUCAUGAAAUGACGGUUAAUGUAAUUUAAUUUAUCUUAGACUGUAAAAACAAAUAUAAAAUGUGCUUUCCUUUUUGAAAUAUUAAAUGAUUAAUUAAGAUUAAUUAACUUAAAUAAUAACAAAAUAUAAAAAGGAAUGGACAUUGACGAGUCUAUCACAGUGACGAAAAUAAGUAAUCCAAAUGAACAAUAUUACUUGCUGGUGGGAUGGCAGCUAAAUUCCUUUGAAAUGUAUCUUUACACAAAAGAUCAACUAUGGAAAGGAAAAUUUUCAUCUAACCGCUUAACAGGAUUCAGUCAAAAUUUAAAUAUAUCUGAAAUGGAAUACUAUAAAAAAUGCAGGCAUUGUUUGUCUGAGCAAAUAGAAGAUUACCAGUAUGAAAUGAAAAGUGGCUUAUUUUAUUGGAAAAAGAAAUAUGCAGAUUCGUUGGUAAUAGAAGGGUUUUUACCAUUAGAACUCGAUGCAUCGCCAUCACAUUCGCGGCCUGAUUUAUUUGAAAUUCUACUUGUGCUAAAUAAGAAUUUAAAGGAAAAACUGGUUAGAAUAAAACGAAAUUGCAAGACCCUGAGAAAAGACUUUUACAAAUGUUUGAAAGACACUGAAGAAUUUUUAUAUCUUAAAAUAGAAAUGGAAAAAACUCUUUGCGAUAGAUUUUUACAUGUACUUAAUUCAAAAAGGAGUGGAUCAAAAACAACUACAAUCGAUAAGAAAACUAUCAGUUCUGUACGCAACUAAAACAGCAUAAAAUAAAUUAUUA